AUGCAAACCAUGCGAUCAUGGUUUGGGCUCCCCAAAGCCCGCCCAUAUAUCGGUACUAGGGACAGAAAUGUGCUGAAAACUGGAUACACAAUGAUCAGUUUCGUGAAGAACGGUCAAAUGCUCUCCAAUACAUGGGAAGAUCACCUCCUGAGCGACAAGACAGGAAGGCAGACGCUUCUCGGUGAUCUUGCGAAGAUCAUGCUUUCACUUAAUCGCGUCAAAUUACCGCGAGUUCGAUCUUUGACUUUGGAUGGCAAUGGCCUAAUUGAGUUGAAAAGUCGACGCUUAAUGCUACGACUCCAAACAUUCGAAAAUGAAGGUAUCCCCACGAUACCAAGGAAUUCUACGUACCAUUCUGUGGAGCCCUAUGUUUUGGAGCUUUUGCAGCUCCAUGACGAUCGCAUUCAUUAUCAGCCAAAUGCUAUUCAUAAUCUGAAGGACGGCCAGGAACAAUUCGCGGCUUUAACCAUGAUGCGUGGUCUCUUGCCUCAAUUCAUUUCCCGUCAAUAUCGUGAUGGGCCAUUUGUGCUUACGCUUACGGAUCUCCACGCAAGUAAUAUAUUCGUUGAUGAAAAUUGGCAUAUUACGUCCUUGGUUGACUUGGAAUGGGCAUGCUCUUCUCCCAUUGAGUUACAAACACCGCCUUAUUGGUCGACUGGUCGACGUAUUGAUGAUAUUGAACACGGAGGACAUCUCGAAACUUUCGAAAAAGUCAUGAAUGAAUUUAUAGAUGCCUUUGAAGAACAGGAAAAACGUAUGGACACUCCCGAUGCUUCUCAGGCCGAGAUCAUGCGGAAAUGCUGGGACAGAGGUAGCUUCUGGUGCCUUCCAGCUGUCAAUAGCCCGAAACGUCUCCUUCGGGUAUUCAAUCAGCAUAUCCAACGCAUGUUCUGUGAGGAGCAUUGCACCCAGCGAGUGUUUGACCGGACUGUCAGUCCAUACUGGUCUGUAGGGGCCGAAGCAUUCAUCCAAACGAAGGUGGAGCAAGAGGCAGAAUAUAAGGAUCAAAUUAGGAAGCGGUUUGGUGAAGUUGAUCAAAAAGGCUGA